AUGGCGAACACACCUCUUAGCCACGACGAAUUCCCGACGCAAGACAACUCGGGCUCUGCAAGAAGCUCGACCAAUUCCGUGUCCUCAGAAAAUUCAAAUUUUCUAAUAUCUUCUGAAUAUAACCAGCCAUUGCCUGAUCCAUUUGACUAUCUCGGGGGUGCGGGAUACGAAGGAGGACCUGUCGCAAAGCCGCUCGUUGAGCUCGAGAUGAUGCGUCUUUCCGCAGAACUUCGUGGUCGACCGCAUUGGUGGAUUAAAUACCGAAAUAGAUCGAAUCUAGCUAAGUGGAAGCAAGAGGCAAUCGCCCAGGCUGAGUACAUGAAAGAAAGCCACAUCGACUACGUACUCGAAGAGCUCGAUGGCUAUGCUAAACUACGCGACGAGGCAACUGGAUUAGAGGUCGCAUGUUACGACACAAUCUGGCAGUCCGACACUCUCAUCCCACCUUCACUUAAGAACAGGUUGAUAGAUGGCGUAGCGAAUCUCGAGAACGUAUCCAAGUCAGAACAGGAUUGGCCCCCUCGCUUAAAUCGCCAAAUCUUCAACCUUGUCAACCCAUCACUCUAUCCAAUCGUCUAUGGCCGCACCUUAUCUUAUCCUGAAGAGUCCGAGGACCGGGACCCGGCGACGCUGCAAGUUCACUUGAGACCUCCCCACUCAUGGCCCGGUGAAGAUGAAUACUUUGUAUCUAAACGUUUCCAGUGGUUGCCUACCGACUUUCAAGUCUCCGAGGAUGGAAAGUCGGUCAAGAGUGUGUCAUAUAUCAAUAACAUCCACCCCCUAAAACACCCCCAAUUGUACAAGACGAUUGAAGAGAUCGUAGCGGCUUAUAUUCCACUAUUCGAACGGGUCCUGACGGACGCUAUCCCGGAGAACGAUGUCAUUCCCGAACGGACGGAUAACGACUAUUAUUAUGAUGAGCAUAACUAUAGAACGCCUCCCAAGUUUGAGAGCUUUACCGACCCUUCCGACUAUAACUGGGCGUACGAGGAAUGGAAGAAUGGUCGGCCUAUUGUUUUGCCGUCCGUGCGAGAAGGAGGCUAUGAGCCCGGUCUCUUGGAGAAGAGAAACAUCAAGUAUACGCUUGGUGGACGAAUUAUUCAAGUUAUUGUCAAGUUGACAAAUAUAUAUUGGUAUAUUAUAUAUUAUUUUUGCUCUACCUUUACCCAUACUAAAUCUCAAGAGUAUCCUCCCAGACUCCAGAUAGGCCCCAGUGUGGUGGUCGCUUAUGGCGCGUUGAAGGGAUGA